CAGCGUUGCCUAGGUAACAGCUUGCAGUAACUGAGUUUCCUCUGAAGAUUUUGAAAUCUCUGUGGAGGCCAGAGGUAUUAAACUGAGGUGGAGGUGUUUCCUCAUUGCUGAGAGGAUUUGUUUCUCCCCCUAUUCGUGAAUUUGAAUCGGCUCUGCCCUCUACCGUCUGACAAGAGCACCGGAGAACGAUGGACGCGGCGGCGGUCACAAGUGUCGUAGUCCUGGUGGCGGUUUGAACGGAGGAAAACGGAGAGGAGGAAACCACCGCGCGCGCGCGAGUUCCUUUAGUCACCUUUGUGCGCGCGCUCACCAAAUUGACAUGAGGAAGCCGGAAGCUGCAUGUUGGAAAAAAAUGUACCAAAGCAGGUGCAGACGCUGAAUUUAAUCAUUUGCUCCACGUUUCCGCACUCUUUGGGUGUGUCUAUGCGCAGUGUAAAACAUAACAGGAAUAGAAAAAAAUAGUGAGGAGAUAAAACCCAAGAUUUCCUGUAAAUAAAAGGCGGUGCUGGUAUUUCAACACAUCUGGUUGGCACACUGCUGCUGCUUCGUCUUAUAAGGUUGGGUGAAGAAGCUGCAUUUGGCCUCAGGACUGAGCUGUCAAAGCAGCAUUCUCUGGCAUGCCCCAGCUUAUCUUGCAUGUCCGUGCUGAUUCUGAACUCAGCUGUGCUCCAACCAUUAAUGUGUCAUCCAUUCCAUCAUGGACAGCCUGCUGAGUCUGGCCAGUAAAGGGGCCAAUGCUCUGCUGACAGAACAGACCUCAUCUCAUCAUAGAUGCCGCAUGCUGCCUUUAUUUCUGUAUGAGUGACCGUGUGGGAAACACCAGAGCCUAAAUUUCUCUUUGGAUGAACAAAGGAGCCAUGCAUCCUCUGCUAUCCCUCUGCGUCUUUUCGCUGCUGCUCCCGACAGUAGCGCUUGAAGAGAACUUGUCUCCAGUCCGCCGGCCACGCAGAUUCAUCCCCUAUGAUGGCAACAAUGUGCUCCUGUUUCGAGAGGAGGGAGUGUUCAACUACUCCACCAUGCUUGUGAGAGAUGACCUAAACUUGUUGGUGGUGGGAUCCAGGGGAGCAGUGUUCGCUCUUGACCUCAACAAUGUCUCCAAGAAACACGCCUCGGUCAAAUGGGAAGUUCCACUAAAAAAGGUGAACGAGUGUAAAAACAAGGGAAAAAAUCCAGAGACGGAGUGUAAAAAUUACAUCAGAGUCCUGCACAAAAAGAAGGAUGGCAGCAUGUAUGUUUGUGGAACCAACGCUUUCGAUCCGGAAUGCGACUUAUUGUCUUACACAGACGGAACUCUAACUUUGGCAAAGUCUGAAGAAGAUGGCAAAACCAAGUGUCCAUUUGAUCCUUACCAGAAACACGCUUCCAUCAUGGUUGACGACAGCCUGUAUUCAGCCACUUCAGUGAACUUCCUGGGUACUGAACCCAUCUUUGCUCGCACCUCACCUCCAAUGCGCACAGAAUUCACUAACUAUUGGCUCAACGAACCCAGUUUUGUAUCCAUGGCUCAGAUCCCAGAGAGUAAAGGGAGCGAGAAGGGAGAUGAUGAUAAGGUAUACCUAUUCUUCCGUGAGAUAGCUGUGGAGUUCGAUUACCAGAACAAAAUGGUGGUUUCUCGAGUGGCCCGUGUCUGCAAGGGAGAUAUUGGAGGGGAGAGAACUUUGCAAAAGAAGUGGACCUCCUUCUUGAAGACCAGAAUAGAUUGUCCCGUGUUAGAACUCCAGCUGCCGUACCUCAUCCAGGACACAUAUCUGUGGUGUGAAGCCACGCAGGACUGGAAGAGCUGCAUUUUCUACGCUGUUUUCACUCCACAGAUAGGCACAUCAGAUCUGUCUGCUGUGUGUGCAUAUAAGGUGUCUGACAUGAGCAAGGUGUUUUCAGAGGGCAAGUACAAAACCCCCAUCCCAGUUGAAACAUCUUUUAUCAAGUGGGUUACUUUUAAUGGUGACGUUCCAGUCCCUCGGCCUGGAGCUUGUAUUAACAAUGAAGCUCGUGGCAUAGGCAUAACAAACACAAUGCUCCUGCCAGACCGGACGCUUCAGUUCGUCAAAGAGAAGCCGCUCAUGGAUGAGGCUAUCCAGCCAAUCGGACGCAGACCUGUACUCAUAGGGAAGGGGGCUCCCUUCACACGGAUCAUAGUCAGCAAAGUGCAACCUCCAAAUGAAGAGGAGUACCAUGUCAUGUUCAUAGGCACAGAGGCUGGCACCCUGCUGAAAGCGGUCAACUACAAUGAGGAGGCGUUCAUCAUUGAGGAAGUAAAACUCUUUGAGGAGUCUGGACCAAUCAAAAUCCUCAAGACUUUUGAAGACAAGCUUUACGCAGGCUCGGAUUUUGGAGUAGUGCAGAUAUCGCCCUCGAACUGUGACAGGUCCCCGACCUGUGUGGACUGUGUUCUCGCCAGAGAUCCGUACUGUGGCUGGGACAGUACCGAUGGGAAAUGUGUUUCCUUCUCUGACUCAAACAGAAAACUUAUCCAGAGUUUGAAAGACGGAGAUCCUUCUCAGUGCCCAAAAGUUGACCCUAAAAAGCCUGUUGAGAUGUUUAUUCUGCAAGGCGAUACCACGAGGCUCGACUGUCCAUCACCUUCUCAGCUAGCAGAAGUCCACUGGGAAAAGGAAGGUCUCGCCCUUCCUCCUUCUGCCCAUCUUCACCUUUUAGAAGACGCACUGAUCAUUCUCAGCGCCUCCGAGAGUGAAAGUGGUCACUAUCGUUGUUACACUGUGGAGAAGUCCAAAACUAGCAUUCACAGAUCCACUGUGAUUGAAUACCACCUCCAUAUAUACUCAAAUGAUUCUGAAGUAGACCCCCUUCCCCAGACCAGUGGUCCGUCUGUAACUGGGCUUCAAGCUACUCUCGCCUUCUUUGUGGUUGCUUUUCUUGCCCUUUUAGCCUGGAACUUUUAUAAUAGCCACAUACCUUUGCCCUGCAACACCAAAAAGAAGAAUGUGGAACCCCAGCAGAACCCAGACCAGGAGGCGCCUGCAGCAGCAGCUGCAGCCGUGGAGAAGAAGCCUCUGAUGUCCAAUCCCCAGAACAACACCAGCAACAACAACCACACUGAGAUGGAUGGACGCAGCACCACAGACGGGGAAGAUCCUCCCAAACCUCGCCUUUCAACUUUGCAGUUCAUUGACGAUGAAUCAGAAGCUUAGAAAUCAAAUCCUAUUCUGUUAGGAUAACAGCUGUUUGGGUCCACAUCUCUGGAACUGUGUAGGUCUCGUUUUUAAAGACCUUUUUAUUGGAUUUUGACAGAUAAUUUUGUGGACGGUUUGUUUUUACUGCUUUAAUGAAGCCUCUUUGAGUGAUGGCAUUCUGUCUCUGCUGUGCCAGCCUCCACAGGAGUUUAAAAAUUUAUACCUUAAGGGUCACGGUCCUGAUUAUUCUUCAAAUACUCUUCCUGGAGCUUCUUACUGCUGGAAGACGUCUAAUCCAGGUGAAUCCAGGAAGUAGAGCUGAGAUGUUAGAGGGAGAAAAGAGCAGCUCAACGCUCCAGGACCUGUUUUAUUUUGUAUUUCAUGCUUUGAUUUUUGUGAUCUUCAUGUUCGUGAAAGAGCACUGCUGGUUUGGUUUAUCACCAAACUCCGUCAUACAAACCAGGUGUGUGUGAGUGAGGUAACACGGAGAAGGUAGGACGCUGUGUCCUCAGGACAAAGGAAGACCUGCCAAAAAAAACCUGAACAAUAUGUGACUGCCUCAAGGGCUCCCGUUAACUUUUGCAAGGUGUUUAUUAUUGCUCUUUACAUGUUUUUUCUUUGGUGAUUCAUUCACUGUGGAAACUCAAAAGUGCGAGGCAGAAAGUUGAGUUUGAGCUGUAAAUAUUUUGGUACUUUUUUUUGUAAGUUACUGUAAAUAUCAGCUGAGUUUCACAAGUUUGAUGCUGCACUUAAAACGCCAGUUUUGACCACUUUUGCUUAAUGUUCGUUGUUAGACCUUUAACUGUUGACUUUGCAAAUUAAAUGGAUUUGUGAAUUUAGUCUUAUUUUUGACAUAUUCCAUGAAUGUUUGGAGCAAACUUUUUCCUGUUUUAAAAAAAUGCUGAUGCAACUUUUA